UUAAACCCAGACAAUCCCCGGCGAUGGCGACCCAAUUCUUCAAGAAACUCCGCCCCUCCGCCGCCCUCUUCUCAUCCCCCAGCCGCACGAAAACUACCUCCGCUCAAUACGUGGCUUCAAGAGCUCGAGACCCGACCUUUGAGAAGCUAAUGGAGAGAUACAAGAACCUCCUUAGAGUCAUCUCCAUACAAGAUCUCAUCCUCUCCUCCAACUCCUCCCCGCCUUCCGUCUCCCUCGACUUCAUCAGCCGCCUCUCCCAGCGCAUCCACCUCAACCGCGGCGCCGCCGUCUUCCUCCGCAGGUACCCCCACAUCUUCCACAUUUUCAGCCACCCCGACAAGCUCCAGCCCUUCUGCUCCCUCACUCCCGCCGCCCUCCAAAUCGUCCGCCAAGAAUCCGAGGCCAUUGAGAAAACUCUUCCGCUCGCAAUUACCCGAUUAGUCAAAAUUUUAUCCAUGUCCCUCACAAAAAAAUUACCUCUUCGGGCGAUCUUCAAGGUCUGGAAGGAAUUGGGGCUGCCCGAUGACUUCGAGGACUCCAUAAUUUCACGAAAUCCAGAGGUUUUCGCAUUGGAAGAUGGCAAUGAGAUCAAUACUCAUUAUUUGGUUUUGAAAGACAGCGAUGAAUUUAGGGAUUGUUUGGUUCCUGCGGUGGAGAAUUGGAGAAUGAAGGAGUGUUGUAGAGAGGAUUGCAGCGUGGAUAGGACUGAGCUGCAGUAUAGUUUCAAGCAGGGGUUUCCACCGGGAAUGCGGUUAGGGAAGAAUUUUAAGGCCAAAGUUAAGGAAUGGCAGAGGUUUCCCUACAUUGGUCCGUAUGAGGAGAUGACUGCCAAGGAGAAUAGGAGGAGUAAGAGUGGUGUGAUGAGGAUGGAGAAGCGGGCGGUGGGGGUGGUGCACGAGUUCUUGAGCUUGACGGUGGAGAAGAUGGUGGAGGUGGAGAAGAUCAGCCACUUUAGGCAGUGGUUUGGGAUUGAAUUGAAUGUCAGGGAUUUGUUCCUUGACCAUCCCGGGAUGUUCUAUUUGUCGACCAAAGGGAAGGUGCAUUCUGUGUUUUUGAGAGAGGCGUAUACCAGGGGGUGCUUGAUUGAGCCUAACCCGGUUUAUGAGGCGCGGAGGAAGCUUCUUGGUCUUGUUGCUUUGGGGCGGCGGGGGUUGGAUAGAUCGUGGAGUGUGGAUGAUAAUGAAGAAAAAAGGAAUGUAUAAUGAUUGGGGUUAAUAGCAUUAGUUGAUGCUCUUCACAUGCUAUGGAACUAUGAACUUGGAUUGACACUUUACAUGUGCAAUGGAAGUGACUUGGCUAAUCUUAGACAGAGUGGUAGAAAAUGCAUAAACCUUUUCUAUCUUGCACAUAUAGCAUCUCAUUCAUACUCUUGCUAGUGAGGCCUAAUCGAUGACAUUGACACUGCUGAGCUCUCUCUAGGACUGCAUCAGUCUUGCACCUCUUCUCCAUGGCUCCUCCAACCAAAGCGACUU